AUGUUCGCAGAAACCUCGCCUGACGCAUUCUGGGGGAUGCAAACUGCCAAAUCCAACUUUUGCGAGCAGGAUUAUGCAGUGACAAGAUACAUCGCCGAGUUCGUCAACAGUUUGACCAACCUUGUUUACAUAUUCUACGCCAUUUAUGGACUCCGCAAACUGCGACAGAAAUCGAACCACGAUGUCUUUCGUGCUAUCCCGUACUGGGGUUUGAUGGCCGUUGGAAUAUGCUCUGCCGCAUUUCAUAUUAGUCUCAAAUACCACACCCAGAUGUUGGACGAUCUCUCCAUGCUCUUUACAACGACCCCAGUUCUACACCAGGUCUUGACCGUCAACGCCACCCGCAGAAAUUCGCUUAUGAUAGCUAUCCUACUAUGGUCAUCUCUUCUGAGCUUAGUUGUUUAUCAUGUCAGAACGGAUGAGCUUCUUCUGCACUCAUUGUCCUUUGCUGCCAUGGUGAUCGUCAUUGGGAUCCGAACUAUGCAGCUUAUCAACGCCCAGACACUUCCAGGCUCAGCGGCUCGGAAACAGAUAUGGGGGAUGGUAAGAUUCGGAGCAGUUAUUUUCAACUUGGGAUUCUACCUCUGGUUGAUUGAUACCUGGAUAUGUGCUUUUUUGAGAAGUACGCGGGCGAGGAUUGGCCUUCCCUUGGCCUUUCUAUUAGAGCUUCACGGUUGGUGGCAUAUCUUUACUGGAAUUGGCGCCUACAUCUUCAUUGCGGUGGUAGAUCACCUCGUGUCUGGUGUGAGUCAUGAUGCUAUCGAAGAGUCUUUUGCCUGGCCUGCUUCGUGGGCUUCGAGGUCAGUUUUCGCGGGAAGAGAUCCUGAGGUGGCUCAUAAGAAGCAAAGUUGA